AUGAGGGACCCUGGAGACGGCGAUGGCGGUUAUGUGGCCGACGCAUUAGGGAGAACCAUGCUACUUCCUACUGAUGUGGAAGAGUUAAAGAACAUGAGGAUGCAUGAUAUUUUCCUUAGCGUGAAGAGGUACCUGGGUAUGGCCACCUAUAGGAUGAAGGAUGAAGUGAAGGGGCAGAGUAAGGCCGCCAAGGAUGAACACACCAAACGUAUAGAUGCUGCGCGGACCCUCAAAGUUUCCGAGGCUGACCUCACAAAGGCUAGGGAGGACUUAAAGGAGGCUACCCGAGAGAGGGAUACUGCCUUGGCAGGGUUAACUGGUGCCCAAACACAGGCCGAGGAACAAACAAAGCACUUACUCGACGCCGAGGAGCAAUUGCAGAUAGCUAAGGAGCAAAUCAGUGAUUUGAAGAAGAAACUGAUCAUGGCAGAGAAUGAUAAGGGCGUGGCGGAGUUUGCCCGGGAUGAAGCCGUGAGGGCCAAGCAGGAAGCUGAAUUUGCCAGAAACGAGGCCGAAGCUGCUAGGGACAAGGCCGAGGAGGAGGGUUACGAGACGGGCAUGGCUGAAACCCAGGCCUCCCUUAAAGCUCAAAUUCCUGGAGUAUGCAGACUAUACUGCUCCCAGGUUUGGGAAGAAGCCUUAAAACGAGCUGGGGUGGAUGCUUCGUCUGAUUUGUGGAAGGCGGAAAGCAUAUUUUAUCCUCUAGCCAUCCAUGAGACCGCCUCCGCCAGCUCCGAGGCUAUGAGCGAUCAACACGAGGCAGAGGUUAUUCAGUCAGAAGAUGCAAAGAUCAUCGUCUCUCCUAACGAGUCAAUGGAAGGAGGAGAGCCUCAUGAUGCGAUGGAAGCACCUGGAGGUAUGAAUCCUGAGAUGCCCAAAGAGGGUGCCGAGCCUACGGUCAGCGCUCAGAUCCCUGAUGCUGAGGAGCCAGCCAUCCUUGUUCAGCCCCUACAGGCAAUUCCCCUUACUGAGGUCCCCAAGAGCAUCGAAACCGACUUUGCUCAGCCUUCCCAAGAAGGGGAUGCCUCCCAGGGCCCCGAGGCUAGUCCUGCUCUGCCUUCCAAGGACGUGGGCAAAACGACAUUGAAGAAGUAG